UCCAGCGUGACAUGGCUGAAGCACAUCAGGCAGUGGGCUUCCGACUGUCGCUGACCUCAGACGGGGCGGAAGUGGAUCUCAGUGCCCCGAUGUUGCAGGAGAUCUACCUCUCAGGACUACGCUCUUGGAAAAGGCGCCUCUCCCGUUUCUGGAACAACUUUCUCACCGGUGUGUACCCUGCCAGCCCCCUCAGCUGGCUUUUCCUGUUCGGUGCAAUCCAGCUCUCCUGGUUCCUGCAGUUGGAUCCUUCCCUAGGACUCAUGGAGAAGAUCAAAGAGUUGCUACCAGACUGGGGUGGGCAGCACCAUGGGCUUCAGGUGACCCUGGCAGCCGCGCUGUUCGCCUCCUGUCUGUGGGGAACCCUGAUCUUCACACUUCACGUGGCCCUGAGGCUGCUUCUGUCCUACCACGGCUGGCUCCUCGAGCCCCAUGGCGCCAUGUCCUCACCCACCAAGACCUGGCUGGCCCUGGUCCGCAUCUUCUCUGGCCGCCACCCGAUGCUCUUCAGUUACCAGUGCUCCCUGCCCCGCCAGCCCGUGCCCUCAGUACAGGAGACUGUCCGCAAGUACCUGGAGUCCGUCCGGCCAGUCCUCUCUGACGAAGACUUCAACCGGACGGCGGGCCUAGCGCAGGAAUUCCUAAGGCUGCAGGCGUCGCUACUGCAGUGGUACCUGCAGCUCAAGUCUUGGUGGGCGUCCAAUUACGUCAGUGACUGGUGGGAAGAAUUCGUGUACUUGCGCUCCCGAAACUCGCUGAUGGUCAACAGCAACUAUUACCUAAUGGACUUCCUGUACGUCACGCCCACUCCGCUGCAGGCCGCUCGUGCCGGAAAUGCUGUCCACGCGCUGCUUCUGUACCGCCAACGCCUGACCCGCCAGGAGAUCCCGCCCACUUUGCUGAUGGAGAUGCGCCCCCUGUGCUCUGCCCAGUAUGAGAAAAUAUUCAACACCACCCGCAUUCCGGGGGUCCAAAAAGACCACAUCCAACACUUCUGUGACAGCCGACACGUGGCUGUCUUCCACUGCGGCCGAUUCUUCCGAGUGGGAACCCACUCCCGAAAUGGCCUGCUUUCCCCUCGGGCUCUGGAGCAACAGUUCCAGAGGAUCCUGGACGACCCCUCCCCCGCCUGCCCCCACGAGGAACACCUGGCGGCCCUGACCACAGCGCCCAGGGGCACGUGGGCCCAGCUACGGAGGUCCGUGAAGAUGCAGGCCGCGGAAGCCCUGGAGGCCGUGGAAGGGGCCGCUUUCUUUGUGUCCCUGGACUCUGAGCCUGCAGGGCUCACCAAGGAGGACCCCGCAGCUUCGUUGGACGCCUAUGCUCACGCCCUGCUAGCCGGCCGGGGUCAUGACCGCUGGUUUGACAAAUCCUUCACCUUAAUCGUCUUCUCCAAUGGGAAGCUGGGCCUCAGCGUGGAGCAUUCGUGGGCAGACUGCCCCGUCUCAGGACACAUGUGGGAGUUCACUCUAGCCACAGAAUGCUUUCAGCUGGGCUACUCAGCAGAUGGCCACUGCAAGGGACAUCCUGACCCCACACUGCCCCAGCCCCAGCGGCUGUACUGGGACCUUCCAGAUAAGAUCCAUCCAUCCAUCUCUCUAGCCCUGAGGGGAGCAAAGGCCUUGUCUGGAAACAUCGACUGCCACGUCUUCCCCUUCUCCCACUUUGGCAAAAGCUUCAUCAAACGCUGCCAUCUCUCUCCAGACAGCUUCAUCCAGAUGGCCUUGCAGCUGGCCCACUUCUGGGACAGGGGUCAAUUCUGCCUGACUUACGAGUCGGUUAUGACUCGCUUGUUCUUGGAAGGCCGGACGGAGACGGUGCGGUCUUGUACGAGGGAGGCCUGCAACUUUGUGAAAGCCAUGGAGGAUGACGAGAAGACAGACCCUCAGUGCCUCGCCCUGUUCCGCGUGGCAGUGGACAAGCAUCAGGCCCUGCUGAAGGCAGCAAUGAGCGGGCAGGGAGUCGACCGGCACCUCUUCGCACUAUACAUCGUGUCCCGGUUCCUUCAUCUGCAGUCGCCUUUCCUGGCCCAGGUUCACUCGGAGCAGUGGCAGCUGGCCACCAGCCAGAUCCCUGUUCAGCAAAUGCACCUGUUUGACAUCCACAAUUACCCCGACUAUGUUUCCUCUGGGGGUGGAUUCGGGCCUGCUGAUGACCAUGGUUAUGGUGUUUCUUAUGUCUUCAUGGGGGAUAACAUGAUCACCUUCCACAUCUCUAGCAAAAAAUCAAGCAUGAAAACGGAUGCCCACCGGCUGGGGCAGCACAUUGAGGAUGCAUUGUUGGACGUGGCCUCCCUGUUCCAGGCUGGGCAAGGUCUUAGGCGCAGGUGCAGAGGGUUAGGGGGGAAGGACUCAGGGCACAAGUGUGGCUCCCUCUCCCUCCAGACUGAGAGCUCCAGGGCACCUACAACAUCUGCUGACUUCUGACCCCUUUCACCAGGGAGCUGGUCUCCCUCAGGAACCAGGGUGAGGAUCUACAGCUGGGCUGGUGCAGGACAGGGGCAGCCUGUUUGGAAAUCUCACAUGUGGGCCAAUAAAGAUGUGUGAGCUG